UUCCCCCCCCGGAACAGAUAUUGAGAAGUACACGCUUGAAGCUGCUAGCGGAAGAUAAACAGAAACACUGUUCACCAUGGCAGAGACCCACAGCCUGCAGGACAUGAGGCAACAGGCAGCCAUCGCUGCCAAAGUCUUCAUCCAGAGAGAUUACACGAGCGGCACCGUGUGCCAGUUCCAAACCAAGUUCCCCUCUGAGCUGGAGAACAGGAUUGACAAGCAACAGUUUGAGGAGACUGUGCGGACGCUCAAUAACCUGUAUGCUGAAGCUGAGAGGCUGGGAAGCCAGUCAUAUAUUGAAGGCUGUCUGGCCUGCCUCACAGCGUAUACUGUCUUCCUGUGUAUGGAGACCCACUAUGAGAAGGUUUUGAAGAAGAUUGCAAAGUACAUUCAGGAGCAGAAUGACAAGAUCUAUGCACCACGAGGCCUCCUGCUCACUGACCCCAUCGAGAGAGGCCUGCGAGUUAUUGAGGUCACCAUCUUUGAAGACAGAAGCCUGACUAGAUAAAAGCUGCCACGCUGCUGUAUGACUGAGCGGAGGAGCCCAGCACCAGUGUCCACCUCCCGGAGGACCACCCAGUCCUGUACCCUGAAUACUGCGUCACUACAAUCUGUCCCUACCCUCAAGCUCUCAUGUGCAUGUCCCUUUCAGAGUAUGCUUUAUGACCAAGUUUAAAAUUACUUUUUUAGAACUGCCAGUUAUUCAUAUAUUAUUUCAUCAUUAUUUGAGAUAUCUCUGUCUCUAUUUAAUAGUUUAGAGUUAAAGUUUUAUUUAGUUGGACAAAGGUAAAAUAUGUGAAAUACUGAUAGACUGACUCACUAAGGCGUCCUUGAAGCCAUGAGUAAUUAUCCUUUGUUCAUUUUGGACUAAAACUAUUAGUACAUGUUGAAAUAUUAUCUUUUAAAUAUUUCUUUCUUUGUUGGACAUCUUUUUAUUUUUGAAUAAUGAAGCCAACACACAGGGUAACUUAUUUUAAUGAAGGUUUAUACGACUCCCCUACUCCCAUGCUUUAGGUGAUUGUCUUGGCAGAUCUGAGGAAAUCUAUUACACAAGAAAUGGUGAACUCUGGUUAUGUGCAUGUGCAGCAUGUCACAGUCUAUUUGUGUUCAUGCUUAUUGGUGUAUCUUUUUCCAAGGGUGCUUUACAGUGAAAUCACCUUUUCCUGCAUGUGUCCUUUAUAGGCUUUGACCUUGAAUUUAACUGACGACUAAACUUUGUCAGGCUCCAAACAUUCAAGCCAAACAAACACAAAUUUGAGUAUCCAUGUACAUCUUUCUUAUCUCCGUCUUGAUUCUCCUGUUGCUCAAAAGCCAAACCAUGUGCUUGCUCUGCAUUUUGCAUGAACCAUUGUUAAUACUUCUUCCCGACUCAUGGUUAUUUUUUAUUUAAACUGUGCCAUGCAUAAUGUUUGGUGACUACUGUAUUCAUAUAUUAUUGAUAUUGCCUUUGACUAUAUUAAAAGUGCUCUUGUUAGUUGACAGUGCCUGUAAUGGCUUUGAAUGUUGCCUUUGUGUAAAUCUGAAGGCCUGGUCACAUCAGGAUUUUACAGCAAUUUAAAAUGUAUUCCAGUGGCAUCAAUGGGAUUCGUAACAAAUAAGCACAAAUGUUUCGCAUUAUGUUCAACAUUGGUUAAAACAGUUUAUGCGCAAAUUUGUGCUGUUGCACAAUCGCAAGUGGUCUCAACAGCGACAGACUUUGAAGGAAAUGACUUUUGGAGAAAUAACUACUCCUCACCAAAAAGAAAUGAUUUGCAGACAGUUAUGAGAUAGAAAGUCAAUGGUACAAAUAUAAAGUGAUUUAUUUUUCAUCUUGAGUGACUCCUUUAUUAAAAAAAGAGGUAAAAAUGGUGUAGUGUUAAACAUCAGUUCACCAACCAACCCCACAAGUAUAGUCAUGGCGUUCCCAAACUUUUAGAGCGAAACGACAGGACAGAGGAGGUUCUCCUCAAGACUCUCGGGUGUGACCAGGUCUCAACAGUGAAGAAAUGUCAGGAGGCUCUGGACUUUUUUCUCUUGUUGCUAACAAGCAGCAGAAUUCCAGGUUAUGAUUCUCGCGUGUCUGUAACUUGAGCAGGACAAGCUCAUUUUAUCUGUGAAACCUCAAGGUUGAAUAUUCUGUCAUACUUACGGCUGGAAAUGUUUAGUUGACGUCUGGUGAACAUGGUGGACAGGAACUCAUUUUAAUUAUGAUGUAACUACAUGUGCAAGGAUAGUUUUUUUUUAAUGCCAUAGCUAAAGGAUGAACACUGAAUUACAUUUAUGUAAGUAAAGUGUCCGCUCGUACUUUAUUCAUCCGGAGUUCAGUUAAUUGAACUGUUCUAGGUUCUUUUUUUCAGUUGAAAUUUAAAUGUUUUAUUAAUCCAGUUGUAUGUUCAUGAAUAAACCGUUUACAUAUUUUACACUG